GUUUAUGGGAGCUUGGUCGUGCUUGGCGCAGGCUCAGUGAGAGCGAGGAAGGGGCCCGGAGGAGGAGGUCCAUAAUGGCCGCCUCCAUGAUGUGUACCCGGGCGGUGACAGCGGCUGCCAGGCAGCUGAAGGGAUUCCAGGGCCGGAGGGCCGCCACGAUUUUCAGUGGAAGUCCAGGUUUGCUUAAUAGCUAUGUGUUUCAAAUUGAGCAGCGAAGGAACUUGUCACUGCAUGAAUAUCUGAGUAUGGAUCUACUGAAAGAAGCCGGGAUUUCUGUUCCAUAUGGAUUAGUUGCAAAGACACCAGAGGAAGCUUACAGUAUUGCAAAACAAAUAGGUACAAAAGACCUUGUUGUGAAGGCACAAGUUUUAGCUGGUGGUAGAGGAAAAGGAACCUUUGAAGGUGGCCUAAAAGGAGGAGUGAAAAUAGUUUUUUCUCCAGAAGAAGCAAGAGAGAUUUCCUCCAGAAUGAUUGGGAAAAAACUGUAUACUAAACAGACAGGAGAAAAGGGCAGGAUAUGCAAUCAAGUAUUUAUUUGUGAGCGCAGAUAUCCUAGAAGAGAGUACUAUUUUGCCAUAACCAUGGAACGAUCAUUUCAGGGUCCUGUACUCAUUGGCAGUGCUCAAGGUGGUGUUAAUAUUGAAGAUGUGGCUGCAGAGAAUCCUGAUGCUAUUGCUAAGGAACCAGUUGACAUUGUGGAAGGCAUUCAGAAGGAACAAGCUGUCAAUCUGGCCAAGAAAAUGGGAUUUCCUGCUAACUUAGUAAAUGAAGCAGCUGAUAAUAUGAUUAAGAUAUAUAACCUCUUCAUUAAAUUUGAUGCCACUAUGGUAGAAAUUAACCCGAUGGUUGAAGAUUCCACAGGGAUUGUGAUGUGUAUGGACGCAAAGAUAAACUUUGAUAGCAAUUCAGCUUAUCGUCAGCAGAAAAUCUUUGACUUGCAAGAUUGGACCCAAGAAGAUGAAAGAGACAGAGAUGCAGCAAAGGCAGACCUUAAUUACAUAGGAUUAGAUGGAAGCAUUGGAUGUCUGGUUAAUGGAGCUGGUCUUGCAAUGGCCACCAUGGAUAUAAUUAAACUUCAUGGAGGCACUCCAGCAAAUUUUCUUGAUGUUGGUGGUGGUGCUACAGUGCAGCAAGUGACUGAAGCAUUUAAACUUAUUACUUCAGAUAAAAAGGUACAGGCAAUUCUAGUAAAUAUUUUUGGAGGCAUUAUGCGAUGUGAUGUGAUUGCACAGGGCAUCAUUAUGGCAGUAAAAGAUUUGGAUCUAAAAAUACCUAUUGUUGUACGGUUACAAGGUACACGAGUUGAUGAUGCCAAAGCUUUAAUAAUAGACAGUGGUUUGAAAAUACUUGCUUGUGAUGAUUUGGAUGAAGCAGCUAAAAUGGUUGUAAAACUCUCUGAAAUAGUGACCUUAGCAAAGCAAGCCCAAGUGGAUGUUAAGUUUCAGUUGCCAAUCUGAUCAGAUCAUUGUUUCUGACCCUGGAGCUCUCACUGUCCUCUACUUUCUGAAAUACUGUUUGGUUAUUUGUCCCAUCCCCCCGUGUGUGUGUCUGUCAGUUUUAAUUUUUAAUUGCUUGACAGGUGUCCUCAUUCUUUUCAUGUUUAAGAUGUUCAUUGUACAAGAAAUGUUAUCACUCAUGUCUACUAAGCUGCAGCCUCUGUCCUUACAGCUGCAGAAAGAAUGAUUCAUAUGCAUCCUUAUAAACAAGAAAACCUCCAAAGCUGCAAAUAUAUUUCCUCCCAAUAAAAGUUUGAAGUCAACAGGAUUUUUGCAUUUGUCUCUGCGAUAACAAACCUAAUGACUAGAUUCACUAAUACAUAUAGCAACAGACAGCUGUCGCAAGCUGUUAAGAAGCUAUUCAGAAAGCACAGCAAAUACUAUGAUUGGUAAUGCUGAAGAAUGUAUUGAAAAGGCCUUUGUAUAUUGAUCGUAUUUAUAUUCCUCAAUACAGUGAAUCAUUUGAGCCUGCCACUUGCUAUUUAUGAACAAUGUAUUUCUGUACUCUGCUUUUUAAAGCAGUAGUUCCUUGAAAAUUGUAAUUUAGUAACUAUGAAAUGUACUGUAACACUUAAAUUUUCAUGGAUCUUAUCUUCGGAUAAAUCGUCUGAUACUUAUUUAAAAGUAUCAUGUAGUUUUAUAUAUGAACAAAUAAAGCUUAUUUCUUUUAAUGCUGGGCAGACGAUAGAGCAUCUGUUCUUAAAGCAAUGAAUAAAAGACUUUAAAAGAG